GACAACUAUCUGGACCUUUUUCUUGUAUUUCAGCCUUUCAAACGAUUUGUGGAAGUUGGUCGUGUAGCCUAUAUCGCCUUUGGCGAUGACAAAGGAAAACUGGCUGUCAUUGUUGAUGUGCUGGAUCAGAACAGGGCUCUUAUUGACGGACCCUGCUCCAACGUGACCCGCAACAGCAUCAACUUCAAAGCUCUCCAGCUCACCCCCCUCAAGCUAAAGCUGGGCAACUCUGCCCGCACUGGCACAGUCGUCAAGGCAUGGAAGAAGGAGGGUAUUGACAAGAAGUGGAGUGAAACCACAUGGGCACAGAAACUCGCCAAACAGGAGAAGAAGUCCAAGUUGUCUGACUUUGACCGAUUCAAGCUGAUGAAGGCCAAACAAGCUAGAAAUCGUGUGAUUAAGGCUGAGUUUGGCAAGUUGAGGAAAGCAGCCAGAAAAGCUGCAAAGAAGUAAACUUGUAUAUUGUCAAUAAUAAAGCUGUGAGAUGGUAAA